AUGGCCAAGUGGCUCCGGGAGUACCUGGGUCGGGGGGCCCGGCGGUCCCCCCCCCGACCGCCACAGCCCGACUACAGCGGCGGGGAGCGACGUCCCCCCGGGCCCGGGUCCGGGCCGCCCCCCGCCGCCCCCCGCCGCGGCCCCGCCGCUUCCCCUCGGCACCGGCUGGUGCGGGUGGGGGGCGCGGGGCCGGGGGGCGGCCCCCGCCGCGGGGAGCAGGGCCCCGGCGAGAGCGAGUACUCGGAGCCCUUCGAGGGGGAGCAGGACCCGGCCCCCGAGGGCGGCUGCGAGGAGCCCGGUGAGGUCACAGGCUGCCGGCGCCGGGCCGAGGGCCGCCGGGCCCGGGGAGCUCAGCUCUAUGACACCCCGUGUGAGGAGUGGCAGGGGGGGCAGGGCAGGGGGGAGCCCCCGGCCCGCGACAGCCGCCUGCCCCGCCACGACGAGCGCCCGGCCGACGAGUACGACCAGCCCUGGGAGUGGAAGCAGGAUCACAUCUCCCGGGCUUUCGCAGUGCAGUUUGAGAGCCCCGAGCGCUCCCCCAGCCUGUCCCGGCAGCCCCCCCGGCCCCCCCCAGGCUCCAGGCCGGGCUGUCCCCCCAGCCCCCGGCACGUGGACACCUCAGUGCCCCUGGAGAAGCAGAUGUGGUACCACGGCCCCAUCGGGCGGGCGGGCGCCGAGUCGCUGCUGGCGCUGUGCCGCGAGGGCAGCUUCCUGGUGCGGGACUGCGAGACCAGCCCCGAGGACUAUUCCCUGUCCCUGCGGAGCAGCCACGGCUUCGUGCACGUGAAGCUGACGCGGACCCGGGAGCAUCAUUUCGUGCUGGGCCGUGCCGGAGCCGCUUUCCCGUCGGUGCCCGAGGCCGUGCGGCACUACACGGCGCGGGCGCUGCCCGUGCGCGGUGCCAGGCACCUGUCCCUGCUCUACCCCGUGCCGGUGCAGCCCCUGUGA